AUGCCAGGGGAGACGCAAGAGGAUCCGGACUGUGUUGAUUUGACCCUCUCUGAUACAGAGGAGCUGGACGAGGAGGCCUUUGAGGAUGUUGAUGUGGCGGAGAAGACUGGGUCCAGCACAGACAAUCUCUAUGCCUCGCUGUACGAUGCUGUGCCAGACGGGGACGCGACACCAGAGGCGGCAAUGCUGGAAGACAUACGUCAUGCUACAACACAGGCGCCUUCUAUACAGAUUACAUGGGCGCAAUCCAAAAGCAAGGCGGCGUCGCGCACACGGACAGCCACCACUACGCCACAGGAUCGAAAGAACCGUGUGCUUGUGCACCAACUCCAUGUGCUUAGUAUAUUGGCGGCUACACGGCUUCGCAAUCGAUGGUGUAAUGAUGAAGCGCUUCGUGACACGCUCCAGGAAGCCGUACCUGACAUUCUCUUGCGACAGCUGCAAGCCAUCCAUCCGAAACUUGUGCCGGAGAGACGAGAGCGAGUGCGCAUGUUUGAAGCGUUCAUGCAUGAGCUAGUGGAAUGGUGGCAUGUCCGUUUCUAUGUCAAGGCCGGUGUCGCUGCGUCGGCAGCCUGGCGGCAGCCCCAGCUGGAUUUGUGGCAGCCCCAACCUAUAUCCCCCCCCGCUUGGAUCGAUGGAUGGUGUGCAGAGACGCCCAAAGGACGAACACAGCGCCAUCGACGCGAAUCCAAGACCAAAAAGAAAGCCAUGGAAGUGGCCAUCUGCCCCACAGGCCCCACGACCAGUGUUCCGACGUAUCUCUACCUACUCCCCCCGCCCGAAUCGACAUCAUCCGCCCACGGCCUUCGACAGGCAGCGCGAGGCCGCGUUGGCUCACGCGAGACCAAAGCCAUCUUGUUCUGCGCGUUAUGUCGCUCUCUUGGCAUUCCUGCACGCCUCGUGGUGAGUGUGCAAGUAUGUCCGUAUUCUGCGGCGAAGACAUCAGCCCGUCCCUGGGCCCAGGGAAGUGCGCAUGAGGGAGGCAGCUUAUACAUCGAGCCGUUGGACGAAAAAACGCCGCCUACAGUAUGGGUCGAAGUGUACAGCAAGCCCUACCAACAUUGGCUCACAGUCGACCCAGUGCGUGGGUUUGUCAAAGCGACGGGCCUCCGGAAUAUGGAGCCGUUGCCAGCGCAGCGCCAAAACAAAAUGGUGUACGUGGUGGCAUUUGAGGAAGAUGGGUAUGCCCGCGAUGUCACAGCUCGCUAUACAAGGACCCUGUAUUCACGCGUGAUGCGGCAGCGACCUACCCCGCGUGGCGUUGAUUGGUGGGCGAACGUGGUCAAAGCCCUGCAUCGACCUCAAAAACUCGAUCGAGAUGCGGUCGAAGAUGUGGAGUUGGAAGACAAUGCACGACGAGAGCCGAUGCCGACGAGUGUGAAUGGAUUCAAAGACCAUGCCGUGUUUGCCCUGGAACGACAUCUGCUUCGCGACCAAGUCAUUCAUCCGAUGCACCGCGUCGGUACCUUUCAAGGCCAGCCUGUAUACCUCCGAGCGCAUGUACUAACGCUGCAGUCUGCACGGCAAUGGUACAACCAAGGGCGCGAAGUCAAGCCAGACGAGGUCCCGCUCAAGUGGGCCAAGCCACGCGCGUACACAACGCUCAACAAACGGCUGGAAGAGCAAGCACGCGCGAGCGGGAACGAUGUGCAGGAAGGACUGUUUGCCGAGUUUCAAACGCGCCGUUAUAUCCCUCCUGCUGUGGAACAUGGCCGCGUCCCAUGCAACGCGUUUGGCAACGUGGAUUUGUUUGUGCCGUCUAUGCUCCCACGCGGUGGGACGCAUAUCCCCCAUGCCCUAGCAGCUCGCGCCGCGAAGCAUGUCGGAGUCCAUUACGGCGAUGCUGUCGUGGGCUUUGAGUUCCGUCGGUUUCGCAGUCUUCCCAAGCUGCAAGGCAUUGUCGUGCCAAGGGAGAGUGCUGACCUCGUGCGAGCGGCCAUCGUCGAACUGGAGCACCAAGAAGCCCAAACGGAGGCGGCAAAGCGACAAAAGCGCGCUAUGAAAAACUGGUCGAAGCUGCUGACCGCCCUGGUGGUCGCGCGGCGUGUCCAGGCCGAGUAUCGCACGGAUCCGCCCACGCAUCCUCCAGGGCGUGCGAUGCGUGAGGACCUACCUACUCGUGCACCAGAGACGCGGCAGCUGCGUGAUAUGCCGGUGGAUGGGCUGGAAGCGCCGUCAAGUGCCCCUGUCCUCGACCAUCCACCACCCCCUGAAAAGGCAGCGCCACGUUCCGGUCCUAUUCUCUCGCUGGAUGCUCUCAUGGCCGCGGAGGCUGCGGCGCAGCCUACCUCGACGUCUGUGCACGACGCGGAAGAUACCACAGAGACGCCAGCACCCAAACGGCGCCGUAUUGUGCUUGUGCGACGACGCACAGGACCGCGACGCAGCCAGCGGCAUGUGUCGCGUCCUGCCCGCUCGUACGCGGAGGACGACGCUGACAACGAGGACGACGAGGAAGCCGCAUGA